GGCCAACAGCCUGGUCAGACUUCGGCGCAACGGUUGGCCACAUCGACGUUCCCAGAAAUGCAGGAGGCGGCGGUGACGCGCCAUAAGCGUCUUCGGCAACACCUCUACGGCCAAGACCGCGAUGCGCGAUUCUUCUCGCGCCCCUGCGGGUGACCUAGCAUCGCGGACAACCCGAAUUCUCGACCAGCCGCAUGAUAUCAUCCCUCCUUCUUUUUGCGGCGCUCGCCCGCGGGCCGCACGGGAAGACGGCAGCCAAUCCGAGGGGUGGCAGCUCUCGCCCGACUCCGCCAGCCAGGAGCACAGCUGCUCGCGGAGCAGGACCGUCUCGUUGGCGAACAGGUCGUCGUACGUCAGCGGGCCGCUCACACCUGCGUGCAUGGCACUGAUCUCGGAGCUGUUGAACCUCUUCUUGACGUGAGCGUAGAGGACGCUAUGACCACCGAUGUUGUUGCAUGCGAGCAGGCUUCGGAAGUGCGUCCGGUUCAAGGCGCACCGGUUGGGCUCGUGAAUCCAGUCGUGGGCGAUGCGCUCGGGUUUGACGAUGCAUUUGUGGGCUCUGUCCCAGUCCUUGACGCGGUAACGGGUGUCCGUCAGAAGGUGGCUCAAGGUGUCUGCUGGCUUUAUCCACAUAUGAUCGCCCAGGUCCAGGUAGUCGUAGAGCUCUGUGGUUAUCAGCCGCCGUAACGCCCACGCCAAUGACGCCCCGUCAGCAGCCCAACGCCAGUUCUUGUACCAGCGCUCGGCGUAGAGGAACUCGUCGAAGUCUAUGCCUCGGUAGAGCCUGGAGCGGCCCUUGAGUCUGUUGAGGCAAUCAUUCUGGUUGCGCUCCUGGUACGGGUGCUCGGCAUCCACCAGAACCACGGAGCAGACCCCCCGCGCCAGGAAGGGCGCGAGCAGCGCAAGCCCCAGGUCCUGAUGUUCCGAGUUCAGGUAGACGAUCACCUGAUCAACGCCGUGGCGCAAGUGAUAUAGAAUGUUUUGCGCGAGACCAUAGAAUUAGAACCCGUUCGCUUCUGGCACGUUCGGAUUGACAAACGGCGGCGCUGUGUAGCACAGGGUGAUGUUGCUCGGCGCCUCCACCGGUGGCAGCAGGGAAGGCCGAUGGCAACCGGUGAGCCUGGCUAUGUCUGGGCUGCUGCUGUCGUUGGCCUUCACCCCGAAGGUGAGGCAUGCCCAAUCCGUGCUAGGGUCCGUCCAGGCCGCAUGCUCGGAGAGGGGCAGGUCCGCGUGCCAGGAGAUCGCCUUUGGCCCCCUGAUCUUUCGGAACUCACUGGUCUCGCCGGAGGCGAAGCUGGCCCAAUGACGCCACCUGUUGGCAUUCUUGAAGGACCAAGCAGUGUUUGCUCCACCAUCAGCGCCAAGCCCGGCCCCGGCUCCCCGAACCGCACCGCGGCGGGCGCCGCGGUCCAGACCAGGAGGCCCAGCGGGAUGGUGCCCGUCCUCCGAUCACCGGCGCCCGGCGCGCCGUGGGGGAUCUUGGGGGAACCAAGCAUGCUGAUGCGCGCCAGCACCCUCGGCGCCGCGGCCAGGGCCGCCGCAGCUCCUCGCGCCGCUGCGGCGGCGGGCGCCGGCGGCAGGCGACUCUCCUCGGCCUGCGCGCGCUGUUCGUCGCGCCGCCCCUCGCGCCGAGGCGGCGGGCGGACGGAGGAGGAGGAGGAGGAGGAGGAGGAGGAGGAGGAGGAGGAGGAGGAGGAGCGGCGGCGGGCAGCUGCGUCCACAAGCGGUCGGCUGGCGGCGCCCCCACGCCCGCGCCGUCCGCCAGGGCCGCCCAAAUUGUGGCGAUGGCGCCUGCGCCCGCCAGCGCCGCCAGCGCGGCCCUCAGCCUGCGUGCCAUCGCGGCGGCGGCGCGGCCCCCACGGGGCCCAUGGCGGGAGAGGCCACCCGCAGAGGGCGCUCGGGCCUGCCGCCUGGGGCCUGAGACCCCCCGAAGCUGUUUUCCCGAGGGGAAUGGGGGGCGGGAGGAGGAGGAGUAGGAGCAGAAGAAAAAUAAGAGGA